UCAAGCCUGAAACAGAAGGGCGCGUGGAAAAAAAACACAUAUCAGGAUUUGUAAACGUCACAUAGAAAACAAGGACAUCAAUAAUGAUGACACAACCAAUAUACUGGGCUAUGCUGGUCGGGAUGGCCAUCCUGUUGAUGGGGCAAGGUUUGCCUGUCCACAGUCAAGGUGAUUCUCAAUCUGACAAAAAAUUUAUGGACAAUAUUACCGUCACACAAGGAGAGACAAUCUUUCUCAGGUGUCCACAGAGGGAAAUUGUCACACACACAGCAUGGCUAAAUCGGUCAAGUAUACUAUACGCCGGAGAUGAAAAAUGGUCUGUGGAUCCAAGGGUGAGUCUGGUGACACUUAAUCAAGACGAGUUUACCAUCAAGAUUGAAAACGUGGACAUGACAGAUGAGGGGCAGUAUGUCUGUGCCGUUCAGACCAGCAGGCGACCUACAACAAAUGUGGUGUAUGUCCUCAUUCAAGUACCACCAAAAAUCAUCAAUCUCGAGAGAGAUAUUGUGGUUAAUGAAGGUUCCAACGUCUCUGUGCUGUGCCAGGCCCAGGGUAAACCAGAGCCUUCUAUUAGCUGGAAACUCAUCACAUCUUCAGGGGAUCUGGCAACAGACGAUGAGUACCUGGAAAUUCCAUCUAUCACCAGAAACAGAGCAGGAACUUACGAAUGCACAGCUGUCAACGACAUCGACGCAGAUACCCAAACUAUCGACAUCACCGUCAACUAUGCUCCAACUGUGUCUGAUGGAAGAGAUAUUGGUGUGAAACUGGGACAAAGAGGAGUGUUGGAGUGUGAGGCUGAUGCAGUGCCUGAACCUGACUUUGAGUGGUACAAAGAUGAUAGAAGAUUCAUCAAUGGCUUGGACGGCAUGGAGAUAGUGAAUACUGGAUCGCUGUCCAAACUGACAUUUUUUAACGUGUCCGAUAGUGACUAUGGUAACUACACUUGUGUUGCCAUCAACAAACUUGGGAGUUCUAAUACAAGCUUUAUAAUUUAUGGUAAGUACAUGAACCUUGCAUGAACACUCCUCAAAAAUCAUUGGAACACUUGAGCAAAAAUGCUUUUAAUUUGACAGACGUUUUGAGAGCUGGAAUGAAAGA